AAUGGAUAUGUUAUACCAAUCUCAACAAAAUUUAUGAAUGGAAAAAUAAUUAGGUUAGCUAUCAUUUGCUGCUCAAAUGAUAUUCCAGCUACUAGAAAAUUGUGCGGUUAUAUAUCAGCAUUAACUGGCUGCCAUCAAUGCUACAAACGUACAAAUACAGGAGGUAGAAAACCAAAUUUUGGUGGGUUCGAAGACAUGGAUGAUUGGUUACAAAAACGAGACCUUGAAGAACAUCUCAGAAAUGCUGAAGGAUGGCAAUAA